UUUUCAUGUUCCAGAUCAUUCAUCUUUCCUUUCUUAAUCCGUGGAGGAAAAUCAACACCACUUUUUUCAUUUGUGUCAGCAUUUAUAUUCUGCUCAUAUAAUGGGUAUUUGCAAGGCCGGAGUUUAACUAAUUAUGCAGAAUAUUCAUCCAACUGGAUAACAGAAGUACGUUUCAUUCUUGGGACUGCGGCCUGGCUAGGUGGUCUCCUGAUUAACAUGCACUCUGAUAAUAUUUUGAGAAACCUAAGAAAACCAGGGGAGACUGGGUAUAAAAUCCCAAGAGGUAAGAUUUUCAAAUGUUUAAUUAGUUUAAAUAUUUUUGCAUUUAAGUAUUUAUUAUUUACAUUUCUUAAGAAUUUGACAUGUUCUGAGUCAAACCAUGUGUUCACUUACUUCUUCUUCUUCUUCUUCAGAUGGUAUCUCAACAAGUUUGAAGACUAUCCACGUUCCAGGAAAAUUUUAAUUCCAUUUAUAUUCUGAAUCAGAGGUGGGCUUCAAAAUUUUCAGCAAUGG